UAAAAACUAGGUGUUUGUCCAAAAAAAAAAAAAACAAGGUGUAACGGAAACGGAGAUCAUCAAAUAAAAUACUCUGUUUAUUCUUUCGUAAUGAAACAUAACUGCACAAACUGGUCAUUGUUCACUAUGUCUAUUGUUGUUCUUCCUCUGUUUCAUCUUCUCAUGGCAAAACUCUCUGCUUCUCACUUUGUUUCCGUAAGCAUGACUUCUUCCGAGUGACCUAAACCAAACCACACUCCCAAGAUCCCUUUUAAACCUCUCCUUCUUUGGUUUUUUCCUGUGUUUUUCUUUUUUUGUAAGAAACCAUAUUUGAUGGAUUCAGUUAAGUUUCAACACUUGAAGAUGGAGAAAACCAGAGGAAUCUUGAAUUUUCAAGCAAUAAGAUCGUUCGCGAACUUGUUCAGAGUGAUCGAGCUUCUUUUUCUUCUAAUCUUGAUCUCCAAACUCUCUUUCCCUUCUGUGAAACUCUCUGGUGACAUUUUCAGGGAAGCAGCAGUGUUUCUCGUCAGCCCGAGAUUCGUUUUCUUCGUCGGUAACGCGAUUGUAAUUACUCUUUUUGCGAAAUCCGGACGAUACAGCUCGACUCGCGAGCCUUCGAAGACGACAACGGAAGCUGCAAGCAACGAUCUUUACCAAGAGUUUCUUCACAAGAGCGAGAAGAAGAGAUCCGAAGUAUACGAUACGAAAACAGAACAGCUAAAGAAGCCGAGUGGAGUGAAAAGGGUUACUUUCGAGAGAAGCCAAUCGCAGAAAGCGUUUGAGGCGGUUCAGCCGCUGGAGAGUAGCAAUGGUGGGAAAGUCAUGAAGAGGUAUGUGUCGGAGAAGCAUAUGAGGAUUUGUGACUCCGACAAGAAAGUAGUGGUGAAGGUUAAGAAACCAGAAGAUGGAAUGAGCAACGAGCAGUUUAGGACAAAGAUCGAAGCUUUCAUCGCGAGACAAAAGAAGAUUCAAAAGGAUGAAGAACACUUGAUAAUCUAGAUCCUCUUGUUAGUAAAUGUUUGUUUUUAUUUUCCUUUCUGUUGUUUCAGUUUCGUAAUGUUGUAACUUCGUUGCCUUAGGAAAAUCUCUUUAUCUUUAAGACUUUAUUAACCCUUGUAAUCAACCCAUGUAAUCCUUUAAGGAUGUUUAAGUAAAUACAACAAAUGGGGUAUUGGAUCA